UAAGUACAUAUGUACGUAUCGUGUUUAUUUUUUGGAUGUUAAUGGCGGUAUAUAAGAGUUACCUGGUGGCUUGUUGCGUGACUACAGAUGGUGCAUAGCUUGUAUAGCGGCACCAGGUCGAUCACGAUGGAAACUAAAAUAUCAUUCUUUUUAUUUUUUACUUGCUUUCUUCAAUGGAUAUCUUGUGAAUAUGUCGAAGUGGAUGUGGCUCAAGGUCGCUUGCGUGGAGAGAUCUUAGAAACGGUUACUGGUGAAACAACGUACUGCAGCUUUAAAGGCAUUCCUUAUGCCAAGCCUCCCGUCGGUCCUCUCAGGUUCAAGGAUCCUCAACCACCAGAACCAUGGGACGGAGUAAGAAACGCCACCCAACACGGUUCCGUGUGCCCGCAAGUAGAGUUACUCAACAACAUCGUGAUACCUGGCGAUGAAGACUGUCUCUUUCUCAAUGUCUACACCCCCACUCUCACACCAAAAUCUCCACUACCCGUCAUGGUCUUCAUUCAUGGAGGAUCCUUCAAAUUUGGCUCUGGAGACGUCGAUGUUUACGGACCAGAUUUCUUAGUAGCCAAAGAUGUAAUUGUCGUCACGAUAAAUUACAGGUUAGAUGUGUUAGGAUUCCUCACGUUAGGAACAAAGGAAGUCCCUGGCAACGCUGCAAUGAAGGAUCAAGUCUUUGCAUUAAGAUGGGUGAACAAAAAUAUUAAAUACUUUGGAGGUGACAAUCAAAAAGUCACCUUAUUUGGAGAAAGCGCUGGUGCAGUUGCUGUUGGUUAUCACUUGGUUUCUCCAAUGUCCAAGGGUCUGUUUCAAAGAGCAAUAUUAGAAAGUGGUGCCACCAGUGUAGACUGUUUCCUGCCUCACAAACCGAAAGAGAGAGCGUUUGCUCUUGGAAAAGACCUUAAUAUUAUUACUAAAAAUGCCACUGAACUUCUUCUCUCACUGCAAGAGCUACCAACCCUGGAACUGCUGAAUAGGACUGCAUAUCUGUUUGCAUCUGAAGAAUUGACUCAUGUUGUGUUUAAGUUUAGUGCAUUCACUCCCGUGCUAGAAGAAGACUAUGGCCAAGAGAUAUUUGUGAGUGAAGAUCCCUACGAUUCCUUAGACCGUGGUAACGUCAAUAAUGUAGACGUCAUGGUCAGUUACAACCAACAUGAGACGCUCAUCAUGCUGCCGUUCUAUGUCAAUGACAAUUUUAGGUACAUCCAACGGUACAACAGAUACCCAGAGAUGCUAGUUCCCAGUAAAAUUCUGAUGAAGGCCAAUACUGAUGACAUCUACUACUUAUCGAAAAAAAUUAACGAUUUCUACUUCGGCGACAAGAGUAUAAGUGUUGAAAACAUGCCCGAGUUCAUCAACUACUCUAGUUUCGCCAGUGUCGUGUAUGAUGUCCACAGAUUUAUCAGACGCUGGCCUAAAGUUGGGAGUGUCUACCUCUUUAAAUUCCAAGGUUAUUCAAGCCGAAGCUUCUACGGUUUACAGGGUGCUCCCUAUGGCGUGUUUGGUCCUGCUCACUUUGAUGAUUUGUUCUAUGUAUUUGAUCCUAAAUUGAUGCAGUUCCCUCUGCCAAUUAACAGCACAGAGUAUAAAAUGGUUCAACAAAUGAGUAGCAUUUUCUCAAACUUUGCUAAAUUUGGAAACCCGUCUCCAAACAAGUCUCUGGGUGUGUCCUGGCCUCAGUACAACAAAAGUAAGCAAGCGUAUGCGAUCGUAGCUGAAAACAUCACCAUUGACUACAAACCUGAUGCUAAAGACAUCAAAUUCUGGAAGGACAUUCUUGAAUACGCUCACAUCAAGUUCUAGUCCUUAUAUUUCAAGUUAAUAAUAAAUUGCUUUGAAAUCUA